CUUACAUAAAAUAAGUUUUUUUUAAUUUGCAGCUUGUGUUGCGCGCGCAUGGAGCUUCUAUUCAAGAACAACUUGAUCACAUAGCGAAACGACAAAAAGAGAGUCUCGGAAUUGCCGAUGAAGCCUUGGGACCAACUAGGCGAAAAUACUUCGAAUACGACCCUCAUGAUGUCGGCAUGAUCAUCGGCGCGCCAUCUUUGCCCAUGCACUUACCAGCAGCCGAGCCUAUCCUCCCUGGUCACACUCUCAUCAGACCAGCCCUUGGUAUGCUGAAGUCCUCAGUCAAGUUUCCACAUAGAGAGAUGGAUAACGGAGCCGGUGUCUACGGGAAUAUUAAUAAUUUGGGUAUUAGGUACGAUGGAAGGAAUGAACGAGUAAAAUAUACAGAUUUUCGAAGAAGUGGCGGUGGGGGAUCUCGAAGGUCGUUAGCAGAUUAUAUUUUGGUAUCUCCUUCAAAACCGUCACGUGAAAGUUCUAGACCAGGAUUUACCUUAGCGAAUUUGGCUCUCGAUAUGAAUAGAAAAAAAGAUGCUGAAUUAAGGGUUCUGAAUUUAUUAAAAAAGAUACAAAAACCAGUAAAGAAUGAUGUUCAAUUAAUAAUGUAUAUAGCAGAUCCGCAGAACUCUCCACUGUACUUAAAAGACUUAUAUCAAACGGAAGACAAUGAAAUAGACAAAGAACAAUACCAAUCCGAAGAAAUUAUACCACAAAUUCAAGAUGUAAGUUUUAUUUUAAGAAACAAAAGAAGUUUCUACACCAAAGCCAUGAAGUUUUUUAGAGAGAUAGGUGACGAAGGCGUUCCAAUAGUGAAAAAAACUAUAAAUUUCCUUAAAGAUAAUGGUCGAGCAGCGAAACAAGCUAUAGACAACGCAUAUUCGAAAGUUAAAAAAUUUGUCCAUGAAACGUACGCCCAAGCUAAGGACAUGCGGUUUACUCAACGAAAACCGUAA